GGGCAGCGCACAGGCGGCCUGGGAGACGUGUUGGCGCAGCAUUUCGAUAUCCACAUUUUCGACUUACACGAUGGCGGCGCACAGCGAGCUCCCGAUGGAGCGUCCGACAGAGGCAGAUGAGAAGCAGCAGCUAGUCGAUCUCGACAAACUAGGGCGUCAGCGACCAGAAAUAUUCUCUUCGACAGCGAAAGAAGUCGCUUUUGUAAUAUCUAUGCUCGGCGCACUCACUAUGGCUGACUUUGUUAUUGGAGGCUUCCAAGUCGUCCUCCCUUUCCUCGUCGGACCACUCGAAAUAUCUCCCGAAACACAAACAUGGCCCGUCUCGGUCUUGACGCUCGUCGCUGGCGCAACACUCUUCCCUCUCGGCCGCGUGACAGACAUGUACGGCGGCUACUUGGUAUUCCACGGUGGUCUGUUAUGGUUUACACUCUGGACUAUCCUCGGAGGAUUUUCGCAAAACUUCACAAUGUUGGUUAUAUCCCGCGCCAUGGAGGGAUUAGGCGCUGCGGCAUUUCUCCCAGCUGGUAUUUCUCUAUUGGGGAGAAUAUAUCGCCCUGGACCACGAAAGAACCUAGUUUUUAGCCUCUACGGUGCCAUUGCGCCGCUAGGGUUUUGGGUCGGUCUUAUUUUCGGUGGUAUGGCUGAGGACCUUCUCGAAUGGAGGUGGUUCUUUUGGCUCGGUGGUAUCAUGUCUGGCCUCUUUUGUGUCGGAUCUCUAUUAACAUCGCCCAAAGAUUACAUUGAAACUCGACGAAUGGGUGUCAAAAUGGAUUGGUGGGGAACAUGCACAAUGGUCCCAGGCUUGCUCCUCUUUGUAUAUGCAAUUACGGGCAGCUCGGAGGCGGCAAACGGCUGGGCCACACCACAGAUUAUCGUCACCCUUUCGUUGGGGCUCAUCUUCUUGGCCGCUGCAGUCUACGUGGAAGGUUGGGUAGCUGAAGCCCCUCUGAUCCCAGCGGAUAUUUUCCGGGUCAAGUAUAUGAAGCGGAUGCUCGUUUGUCUCUUCAUCUCUUGGGGCGUCUUUUCCAUUUACCUCUAUUAUUCUAACUUCUAUAUUACCAAAAUUUUACAUAAAUCGGCACUUACAACAGCGUUUUGGUUCGCUCCAUGGGCAGCGGGUGGCUUAGUCCUCGCUACGAUGAGCGGAUUCAUUUUGCACAUUCUUCCUGGUCGAAUCCUCCUCAUAAUGACAGCAACUUGCAAGAUUCUUGCCGUCCUGUUCUUUGCUUUGAUGCCGGAGAAUCCUACCUACUGGGCCUGGGUCUUUCCAGCUAUGCUCGCAGAGGCAGCGUGCACCGACGUUUUGUGGACUGUCAGCAACGUCUUCCUCACCACAAGCCUGCCCGCUCAUAGGCAGGGCCUUGCUGGGGCUUUGAUUAGCGUGUCACUAUUCCUAGGAGGAGCCUUCUUCCUUGCGAUAGCAGAUGUUGCCAAGGGCGCUUUCGCUAGUGCCGGCAUGGAUCUCAAGACGCAGUACAGGAAUCUCUUCUGGCUUGGCGUUGGCUUUGCUGCGGUGGCCUUUGUUGUCUGCUUCUUUAUAAAGAUUGGAAGGGCAGAUUGCUCCUCUCCAGCGGACAGAGUGGACGACGUGGAAGUCAAGGAGCCUGAUUCAGACUCUGAUGCCUCGUCCAAGUUGUCUAGUUCGCCUAGCGGACGUAGCGUGACCGACAGCGAAGCUGAAGCGAACUCAAUUAUGCAGGGAGAAAACGGUGUUAUAGGUUUGGGAAUCACAAAUCCUCGGGCAAAAUAGCCGGAAGUACUUAUUUUGUAUAUGCGAUAAAUUUACCAUUUUAUGAUAUUUCUUC